UUGAAAGACUCGCCACUCGGUUGGCUUCAGUCCCACUUUUUCUAGCGCCAGUACACUCCUGUUUUGUCGGGAAUAUGAUAGUUUGACAGGCGCAGUCAGGUGCUUCUUCCACACAGAAGAGAUGAGUCGCUUUCUGAACGUCCUGCGGAGCUGGCUGGUGAUGGUGUCCGUCAUCGCGAUGGGAAACACCGUGCAGAGUUUCAGAGAUCACAGUUUUCUGUCCGAAAAGCUCUACACAGGCAUGCCAGAGUUUGUAAAUGGUCUCCAAGCUCGAACCUUUGGUAUUUGGACGCUGCUGUCAUCGAUCAUUCGCUGUGCCUGCGCCAUUGAUAUCCAGAAUAGAACGCUGUAUCACAUCACCUUAUGGACGUUUGUCCUGGCAUUGGGCCACUUCCUAUCUGAGGCUUUUAUCUAUAAAACUGCACCGCUGACUAUCGGAGUCAUGGCCCCUCUCAUUGUGGCUAGUUUUUCCAUCAUAGGAAUGCUCAUUGGAUUCCAGUGUUUUCCAGAAACACAGGAGGAAGUUGGAGCGCGACAGAAAAAGCAUAACUGAGUCCCAGCAAUCUGGAGUUUCCUGUUGUUGAACUGAAUCCACCUCCACCAGCCUUCUGUGAACUGGUCCUCGUGUGCUGCUUCUUGCCUUGAAGAACAGGAUAUACUGAUGUAAAUUCACUUUCUACUGUGACAUUAUUUACAUUUACACAGAUCAGCCAUGACAUUAAAACCCCUCACAGGUCAAAUAAAUACCAUUAUCUUGUGAAACUACAAUAUUCUGCUGGGAAACGUCGGGACCUGGGAUUCCUGGUCCACGACUGCAGUUGAUGUGCUCAAACACAGGAAGACGCUAGUAGUCCCUAAUCCAAAUGAGCCUUUGUAGGAUGUUCCCCAGCAAGGCUGAUCUUUGGGGACAACUGCUGCUGUCAUGCUCCCAAUCAGCACAUCCUCAAAGACCCUGCCUUCAUGAGGAAUCAGAGCUGUUUUAGCAGCACAAGAGGAACACAGCAGAUUAGGCAGGUGGUUUUAAUGUUGUGAUCGAUUGGUGUAUAUCUUACAAUACAGUGGUCAAUGUGUGCUGCUUUAGAAUUUGUAAUAAUUUCAUAUUUAAAAGAGCAAUAUCUGGAGUUUUAUGUUGUCCUAACAGCACAGAUAGCGUAUUCUUUCUCAGUCUCGGUUUUGCUAUGGUGCUGCUGACUGACCGCAGAAACAGAACCACAGUACACAUUUUCUCGUCACCAUGAUUGUUUUAUUGCACCAGAGCAGAGAAAGUACCGUUUUCUAGUCUUUCAAUCAAAGCAAGCCCAGAUGUACCAAAGAUCUCGGAAGGCUACGCAGAAGAAAACCACGCACCUCAUUAGAAAAAUCAUACAGCAGAGGUUGGUUUGAUGCUUGUUGUGUGCUGUGAAAGAUUUGUACAUCCUGGAAAUUUAUGCACAAAUAACUUUGUAUAAAACUUAAUUUUUAAAAAAUAUCUUGAUUUUUUUAUGUUUUUUAUUGCUGUAAUAAUUGUGGCAAUAGUAUUUUGUAGUCUUGUAAUCCUUUGUUUGAAGUGUCCUUCAAGGUGUAAUUGUGUUUUUGCACGGUUUGUGCUAAAGACUGAAAUCCCAGUUUUGUUCUGUUCUCAUAUUUGGGUUAAAGAAAGCAUAAAUCUCCUGAUUUAAACAUGGCCACAUUGUGGUGAAAUACAAAAAUACACAGACACAUUUAGCUAGGGCUUAUUUAUCUAUAAAUAUAUAGAUUUGUUCUUAAUUUAGUUUCUGUUUUUGGUACAGUGUUCAAAAUCCCAUAGUUUGUAUUGCAGUUUCAUUUUUUCCUUAUUGACUGGAUCAACUACACAUCAUGCCAAAAUAGCAAAAACUCUAAGGGUGUGGAAAAUUCACAGCACUUUAAAGUGCCUAAGACUAAGAUGAACUAGAACCUCUCACAGACACAUAAAAGUCCUAAUUAAAUAUCAACAUUUCGAGACAACUUCCUAAAAAUACCUGAAGUAAAAAUUUGUACAACUACUGGUUACACAGCAUAAAAUACACACAGGCAACAAAACGAAGGAAAACACUAAACCACUUGAGCCUUUGACCCUGGGCUCUAACAGGUGGAGGGCAUUUGAUUGGCACUGUUUAGGUCCACUCAGGAUCGGUGCACAACUGUGCAAAGUGGUGCUCAGAUCAGGCCACAUCUGUUGGACACUUGGGACACUUAAUGACUAUAAAAAAUAAGAUGUGUUAAGCCUUUAAAGUCAUCAGAAUUUAACCACAUUGACCAUAAAGAGGAGAUUUUGGCCAUCUUAUGUUUGCUUGCCACUACAAUUAUUCACACAAAAUUAGGUAAUAUUUUCCACAAGAACUGAGCUGCAUUACUCCGACUCUGGCAUGUAUUGGCCCAACACCCAAGACAUAUUUCUGAUGGAUUUCCCUUCGAUUUGUCGCCUGUUUGUAUAAUUCUACAGUACCAAAAGUAAAAAGUACACAUAAAAAGUGUGCAAAAUGAUAAGGGCAGUAGAUCUGAUUAGUCGCAAUCUCCCAUUGUGUUGUUCUUAUUUUCCGCUGUGCUGACAUCCUUUGCGUUCCGGACAUUCUCGCCUCUUGUGUCUUUUUAAAGAAGUCAAGCACAGUAAAAUGGGGCCAAUAUUGACCGCCCCCCCCCCUCAAAGCGAACUCAGAUACAUUGCAUCAGCAGUAUUCACAAGUAAUACUGUCAUCCUGAACGGCAGACGACAGAUACGAAAGCCUCAAUUAGGCGAAAGGUGACUUGGCUGCCUGACAGGUAAACACGUCGUAGUCCUUAAUCUGCAUUGAAUACACAUAUUCUAAACACAGAACACUAACAUGAGACACCUUCAUCAAUGUAAAGAGAGAGUUCAAUUACACACAAUGUUGGUCAUAUAUUAGAAAACUUUCAAUAUUGCCAGUCAAAUGCAUAAAACACUACAUUAACACCGGUCAGAAGAAAACUAGGAAAGGCAUUCAGUUAGAUUGAAGGUUGGAGUCACUAAAGUGGCAGAUACAUUGCACCUAACAAGACAUGUAAAAUGCCAUCAUCCCAUGAUGUAAAAACCUUGAAAGUGCAUUCCCCCAUGGUGCUUUGGGGUGUAAUACCAAUGUGGAUUUCUGCAUCACAGAGUCCAAACAGAACUCCGUAAAGCAACACUGUUCUCUGUGAUUCAGCCUCCAUGUUCUUACAGUUCACAGCUUUCAGCUCCUCAGUCGUUUGUGCAUGAUUGUGCGUCUCUAUAUGUCAGUUUUUGUUGUUGUUUUUUAAUGUGUCUUAUUUGUUUUUAAUCUGUACACGGUGAUAUUCUGA